AGCCCGGCGUCAGUGCUCACCUAGUUUUACAGUCCCUGUUACUCGCGCUACCAUGACGUUCGAGUUAAUAUUUCACAGUUGGGGACACCGAUUAAAAACUGUGUGCUAGAAGUAUAUUUUAUAAACCUGUUUAUGGUUCACCAUUAGAUUACAAUCCGGUUCUGGAUAGUGGUUCUAAUAUAACUGAGAACAGUUUCAGAUAAUUCAUAUAACAGCCGAUUUUGUCUGGAAAAGCGCGACAUUUUUAUUAAGCUCUUAAGUGGACUCAAUCAGGUUUAAUCAGGAAAAAAAUCAAUGCAAAAAAUGUGCAAUGCAGAAUGCAUAAUUUAAUCUGUAAGGCACAUUAAAAAACCGAUCCGCGGCGGUUUCAUCUGCACCCCCCCAUGUAACUGCGAAGACUUAACGGAGUUUUCAAGCAAUUUCUAAAGUCACAGGUGUCCCGCCAGCUGCAGCCGAAGAGUCGGCGUGUAUUGUAGGACUGAUGUCUUUUCCAAGUUUACUUUCUAGGAAUCAAAGAAUAACUUUGACUGAAGCGCAGAAGAUAAAGUAAUAGGGCAUAAAUACCGCGACCUAAUCUAGACUAUUAAACGAGAUGCACGGGACGGGAGGAGUUUCACAGAUCCUUGCGCUCCGCGCAGAGUACAAGUACUCCUCCUAUUAUUCUCCAUCAUUAUUAUUUUGAUAGGUUAGAUAUCGCCCUUUGAGAAUAAAACCAACCCGGCGACCGAGCCGAAAUCGAAGCGUGCUUUUGUCCCGUCUGGCCGCCGACCGCGGAGCGCCGAAGGGAUGUGGUGGCUGCUGUUCCCCCGCUGGAUCUGGUUCUUUGUUGGACAGAGCUUCGUGCUGCUCCUGCACGGCCGCUCGCAGGCCGUGGCUCUGCCAAAGGUCGCCUACUCGCAUGCGGGCAUGUGUCCCAACGAGAUGAACCCCAACCUGUGGGUGGAUGCAAUGAGCACCUGUACGCGAGAGUGCGAGUCCGAUCAGGACUGCGAGCCGUUCGAGAAGUGCUGCUCCAACGUGUGCGGCAGCCGGAGCUGCGUGGCAGCGCGUUACCUGGACGCGCAGGGCAGGAAAGGCCCCCUGGGGAUGCCAGCAGGGGCAACAUGCGACCGCUUCAUGUGCCCCCAGCAGGGCUCGGAGUGCGACGUCUGGGACGGCCAGCUGGUGUGCAAGUGCCGCGACCGGUGCGAGCGGGAGCCGCGCUUCACCUGCGCGUCCGACGGCAUGACCUACUACAACCGCUGCUACAUGGACGCCGAGGCCUGCUCUCGCGGCGUCUCCCUCACCGAGGUCGCCUGCAGGUUCCACCUCGCCUGGCCGGACGCCAGCCCGCCACCAGCCGAGACCACGCCCCCGCCGCCGACCACGCCACCGCAGACCACGCCCCCAGAUGCCAUCCCUCCGAGCCUGACGGCCGAGCCCACCCACCAGUCGGUGCUGGAGGGCGACACGGCAAGCUUCCUGUGCGAGGUCACCGGUCGCCCUGUGCCCCAACUCACUUGGCAGAAGCAGGCAGGGGUGGGGAAGGAGAAUGAGAUCAUGCGGCCGAACUACGUCCAGGGGAAUGUGGUGGUGACCAACGUCGGCCAGCUGGUCAUCUACAACGCCCAGCCGCAGGAUGCCGGCAUCUACACCUGCGCCGCGCACAACCCCGGGGGCUCCCUGCAGGCCCACUUCCCCUUGUCGGUGGUCAGGAGGGGGUCUGUGGAGAAGGAGGAGCUGCAUACGAACAGCUCGCACUUCCCUGUCGACGAGUGCCGGAAGCCCCCCGAUACGGACGACUGCGGAGGCGAGAGCCCCAGCUGGUACUACGACGCCAAGAAGGCCGACUGCUUCGCCUUCACCUAUGGAGGCUGCGAUGGCAACGGGAACCGCUUCGAGAGCUACGAGGCGUGCGCCCGGGCUUGUGGCUCAGACGCGGCCACGUCCUGCCACCAGCCCUGGUUCCAGGGACCCUGCAAGGCCUACGAGCCGCGGUGGGCGUACCGUGCCGAGAAGCGGCGCUGCGAGCCCUUUGUGUAUGGCGGCUGUGGCGGCAACGGGAACAACUUCGCCAACAAGGAGGCCUGUGAGGCGGCGUGCCUAUCCCAGAAGGCCCGGGGCUGCCGACAGUGCAAACCACGGCAAAAGAUGGCCACCAGCUUCUGCAAGAGCGACUUCGUGGUCCUGGGCCGCAUGGCCGAGCCGACCGCGGACCAGGAUUCGGGCCAUGUCUUGGUCACAGUCGAGGAGAUCCUAAAAGACGAGAAGAUGGGGCUGCGAUUCCUGGGCCGGGAGCCGCUGGAGGUCACGCUGCUGGACGUGGACCGCGGCUGCCCGUGCCCCAGCGUGAGCGGUGCCACAGGGCAGCUGAUCAUCAUGGGCGACGUUCACCAGGGUAUGGCCGUCUUGCAGCCCCACAGCUUCGUGGGACCGUCCAAUGCACGGCGCCUGAAGAAACUACGCGAGGUGAUCCAGAAGAACUCCUGCGAUGUUCUCAAGGAGUUCCCAGGAGCCCAGUAGCCUCUCACUACCAUCUUAUGAAGCUGCCAGCCAAUACGCUUCCGGCAUCCAGCCCACUACUUAGCAACCCUUCCUCACUAUUGUCCAAUGAGCAGCCGAAACAAAUACCUUCUAGAUGAUUCUUUGGGAAUCUAGCACCAAAUGGACACCGUUCUACAGCCCAUACUGUUGGAAGAUCUGUUUCCAAAAAGCAGUUCAGUGACUCUCAAACUGGUCUGAAAACAUUGAUCAUUCUCACCGUUCGGAUUCCGGACUUUUUCAAAAUAAUAAUAUAUAAUUUGUUUCACUUUCUGAAAGAUGAAACACGCUAGAAAUUACUAACUUUAUAAGUAGUCUUUUCUACUCUGAAUGAGUAUUUUACCCUGUUCUCACUACCUAUGUUUCUUUCACACAUCUCACUGGCUUAUUAUAAUAUGCAAUAGGCUUUUAUUUGUAGAACACUUACAUUAUUAAUGGUCUUAAUAGAGGCGAAAAAUGAAAUCGCACAUACAAAUUUUCAGAGAGCAUUUUGUGGAAAGCUGAAAAUCAUUUGAGGCAAACCAGCUGUUCGUGAGUCGUGGUGAGAAGGUCUGAACUGCUUAUUUUCAUGGGGUAACAUCCUGAUCACAUGAGAAAGUUAAAUAACACGUUAUUGGACAGCAAACCCGCCAAGCUACCCCAGCUGUCCUAAAACGCGGCGCUUAAAACACACUACCCCUGACGAUUCUCAGUUGAAAACUUAGCUCUUAUUAAGCACUUAAGCACAUAUGCUAAAGCAUCCAUUUUAGUUAAACUAAAAUGAUUCUUUGUAUUGCUUUUACGAUAUUUUCUUUGUGUUGUUAAAUUUAUGAUCUGUAGCUCGUGCCUUAAAGUCUAAUAUGAUAGGUGAUUAAAGAACAUAAGUGUAGAGUCAGACAGUAAACUGCCAGCAUUAAUCUGCAGCCCAGUGCAGUAAAAAAAAAAAGUUGUAAUAUAUUCCCUCAAAAGGCGAUCACUUAAAAUCCCAGUAAUAUUGACUAUAGUCCCUAUAUUUCUGUGCCUGGCAUUAAUUUUGUGUUUAUUUAUUUUGUUGUUAUCUUAAUUAAGAGCAAAAUAACAACCACUUCGUUUAUCUUAAAGGCAUCUGGAAUUUUAUCAUUAAAAAAUCUGUUGAGAGCAAAUAAAAAAUGUAAAAGCAGUAA